UGACUGUUUAUGGAUUUCGUACUGCAUACAUCAUAGCGGGGUUAAACAUUAGUAUCGUCAGCAAAUUAUUUCACAUAUUAUUACUAUCAAAGAGCAAUAAAAAAGCGAAGCAUUUUAAUGAAGUCCAUUAAACAGUUAAAAUAUGGAAGACAACGAAAUGACUUAUGAUGAAACAUUUGAGGAAAUCGAUCAGAGUAUUAUAAAAAAGUCACCAAAAAUUGAAGAUUAUAUUGAAACUGAAAAUUUGAAAAUCCAUCCAGUUGUCAUGAAGGAGGAAUAUCGUCCGCCGAAACGAGGUAGAGGCAGACCUAGGAAGAAACGCCUAGAUGUCAAGACACAGUCUUCAACUACAUCGAAAGUGAAUUAUUCUACAGUGGAUUCGGAAUUAGGGUUAAAAAAGGUCCGUUAUCGUCCGAUACGACCAAAGCCAUUUCCACCUGGUGCCUCGUUACUCCGGCACAAAAUGUUUGGAACACCACUUAUGUUGAACAUGUCCACUUUAACAUCAAAUCGUGUUAUCGUAACUGUACCAAGUAAAGAUAAAACACAAAACAUAACUUUGAAUGAUUUGAGCAAAACAACAGUAGACAACAAUGAUAGAAGUACUAUAUCAAAGGAAAGUAAGACUAAUGAAAAAGCAAUUGAAAAUUCAAACAUCAAGAUAAAUACCGAGAAAGGUUUACGCAAGGCUAAAACAGUUUCGCACCUGCCCUGUAAAAGUAGUAUUGAAUUAUUUUUCGAGAGUAUGGCACAGACCGUGUUGAAUUUACCUACAGAAGUACAAGCAGAUAUUAAAAUGAAGAUUUGUAAACUUGUUACAAUGGCAGAAAUGAAAUACUGUGGAUCACAUGUAAAAUCUAAGACUGAUUAAACAUAGAGAGCUGACAAUCUAUUGUUAUCUACAAAUUUACCAAAUUUGUGCAGUUUUUUUAUAAUAUAAGACGGAUCUUGUAAGAUAUAGAAUAUAAUUUAAUGUUGCUAAGUGUAUGUAUUUAUACACUAUUAAUAUAAACAAAUAAUCCAAUAUUAAUAUACACAUAUAUCUUUGUUUAUAUAAAGCAUAGUUAUCGAGUAUAAUUCUCUUAAAUCAUGAUAGUUUAUUUUUAAUAAGAAAUAAAGAGAGAAAAUACUCAUGGACGAAGCAUCCAUGCUAAUUAUAGUAGAUAAAUCAAAUCUGUGAAUGUAUAAUUCUCUAUGUGUGCUUUUACAUUUUAAAAUCAUGAUUGUGUUGCAAGUUAUAACAUAUUUAGCAAUUUAUAUUUUUAUUGAUAUAUAAUAUUAUUGUGAGUUAUCAACAUAAAAAAAUGUACCA